UUUUCUGUUUAUCUCUUUUACGGAUUUAACUAUUCUGCCAAAUUCGAAAGGACAACAUAUAAAGGUAGACUUAUUUUUUCUCUAAAUACGUAUACCAAAUUAUAAGCAAAAUAAAAAGCUAGAAUAUCUAAUGACUGAACAGUACAUACAGGUUAACGGUGCUAAUAUUUGCUACGAAGUUGAAGGAACUGGUCCUUAUAUAAUUUUUAUUGCUGGAGGUAAUGGCGGGCAUUUAUUGUUUAAACGCAUUCGUGCUCUUUUGGUAAAACAUUUUACUGUUGUCUUGUAUGAUCGGCGAGGAUACUUUCGGAGCAAGCUUACUGGUCUACAAGAUUAUACAAAAAAUGUCGAGACUAAUGUCGAAGAUCUGUAUAUAUUAACGAGAAAGAUAACUGAUAAGAAGAUCAUACUGUUCGGUAUAAGUGGCUCAGCUGCAAUCGCAUUUAAAUAUUUGGUUGAUCACCCUGAAACCGUUUCGAAGUUCUUUAUUCACGAGCCACUUUUGUAUUUGGAAAAUUUCCCAAAUGUGAAGGAUGUUCGAGCAUUUCAUUACUACAUAUAUCGCAUUUUUCAUACUGAAGGUAAAAGUGCUUGUAUGAAUAUUGCCGGAGAUUUUUAUUUCAAUGAGUUGGACCAGCACAUCCUGACUCGUAAUCAGAAGAACGAGAACAUAAACAACUGGAAUUACUGGAUUGAGCAUGAAUUCUGUGAAGAUUUGUUCACUGCUAUUGACUUGGAUUUGGUAAAAGUCCAGGACGACAAAUUGAUAUUUUUACAUGGAGCUGAAUCUAAAGAAAACUUUAUUCAUGAACCUGGAUCCUUCAUUGCUAAAUAUUUGGGAAAAGAUAAUUUACAACUUCCUGGUGGGCAUAUUGGAUUUUAUACACGUUCUAAAGAAUUUGCAAUUGAUUUUCUGGAGCUCUGCCGAGAAAACUUUCUCCUAAAAUAUUAACCAAAAUUAUAAGUUAUAUUUUUUUUUUUAAUUUAUAUUAGCUACAUCCUUAACUACUUUCGAAAUAAAACUUUGUUGGAGAC